GUACAAUUAGCUCUUCGUAGCUUCGCUUUCAAAUGUACCGCCAUGAAAGGAAGAGAAGCUCGUUUUAUAACUAAAAAAAACACGAAACACACAAGUGGAAUUUAUUUAUUACGCUUAAACGAGCCGGGUUUCGUCUUCAGCAGCAGCUUAGCUCAAACGUUAGCCCGGGAACAGACAUGAUUGGACUCCGUUUGUUUCGUUGGUUUGUCCAUUGACCGACUGAAGCGACUGAGAGCAUCAUGGCGGCGUCCACCAGCAGCCUGUCUCUGUCUCGCUCCAAGCAGCCGUCGGUCCACCUGAUGGACUUUAUGAAAACACCGGCAGACCCGAGACCAGUCGUGAAGCAGGAUCCAGAAGGAUCCUCAGGCGAGCCCUCGGUCCUCGCUCUGAAGGAGGUCUCUGUCCGCCUGGUGGACUGUAUGAAAACUCCAGGACCAAACGGUCACAUCGUCCGUCAGGCAGCAGAGCAGAGUUACGCCAGCAUCGAGGUCGUGUUAAAAGAGGAGGAUGAGCAGCUGGAGGCAGAUAGCGACUCUGAUGAUUCAUGGCAGAUAAACUCGGAGCUGGAUCAGCACCAGGAGUGGUUCCACACUGACCUCGGAGCAGAUAUCAAUUUAUGUAAAGAAGAAAAAGCGUCGGAGUGCGACGACAGCGACCUCAGCUCUGAGGAAGCUAAAGGUAAAGAACUUCAGCCAAGUCACGCAGGGGCUGAUGGGACACUGUUAGAGUUUCAGGAGGAUGGCGGCAGCUCAGAUGGAGUGACGUGGCUCAUACAGGACUACAAACUACCAGAAUCCCUCAAAUCAGCCAUGCUGAGUGAUGCCAGCAGUGACUCAGAGGUGUUUCAGGAGGAAGGAGAGGGCCCCAACGCAAAGUCACAAUGUAGACGGAAAUGCAUCUCCACACCGGAGCAACGUGGCACUGAGGCAGAGGAAGAGACUGAAGAUGGAGGAAUGACUGAGCCCGGAGCUACCAUCCCGUCUCCUGUGUCAGUGACAAAUGAAAAUGGAGCAGAGAACCUGCAGGAAAGUGUGUCCGAGCCCCGAUCUCUCCACUGCGAGCACUGUGGGAAAUCCUUCGUGAGGAGGAGCAACUUGGUCAGACACCAGCGGCAUCACUGCAGCAUGACGGGAGGUAAACUGAGCCAGACAGAGUCCGAACAGACAGAGCAGGAGACCUUUUCAUGCAGGAGAUGCAGCCUGACGUUUCGCACUAAACGGCACUUGAAGCUGCAUGUACGCGUUCAUAAAGAAAACACAGAGAACCGCGAGGGCAAAGAAACAGUUGAUGAGACUCCACGGAAAAGAUGUCACACCUGCACACAGUGCAAUAAGAGCUUCUACUUGUUGCACACCCUCCGACAGCACAUACUCACCCACACUGGGGAGAAAGCUUUCAGCUGCAAGGUGUGUGGAAAGCAGUUUGGGAGGGAAGGAACUCUGAAGGAGCACCAGCUGAUCCACACUAAGGAGAAACAGUUUACAUGUGAGAAAUGUGGCAAGACCUGCGCCAGGAGGGGAGACCUCAAAAUCCACAUGAUCAGUCACUCUGAGGAGAGACCGCACAGCUGCAGCCACUGCGCCAAAAGCUUCAAGCAGCUGGUGAAGCUGAAGCAGCACGAACGCAUCCACACGGGGGAGAAACCGUACCAGUGCACGCUGUGCUCGAAGCGGUUUCGAAUCCGGGUGUCGCUGGCGGCGCACCAGUACACCCACACCGGAGAGAAGCCCUUCAAAUGCACGCUGUGCCACAAGGCCUUCAGUGACAAGAACAACCUGAAGAAGCACCAGAUCAUACACACCGGGGAGAAACCGUACAGCUGCUCUUACUGCGGCAAGGGCUGCCGCCUCCUGCAGCAUCUCGUCAUCCAUGAGCGCGGCCACACGGGGGAGAAACCGUACACCUGCGACUUGUGCGGGAAAGGCUACUCCCACCUGUCCACACUGAAAGCUCACCAGGUCAGCCACAAGGUGAAACCGCCGCGCUGCUCCCUGUGCGGGCAGGAGUUCGCCGAGCUGGCGGAGCUGACCAAUCACGACUGCGAAGAGACGUCGGAGAAACCGCACCGCUGCUCCCAGUGCGGCAAGUGCUUCUCCCAGGCGUCGAACUUGAAGAAGCACCAGCUGAUCCACUCCGGGGAGAAACCCUUUCACUGUAAAGACUGCGGGAAGCAAUUCAACCACAAGAGUAACCUCACCAAACACAUGCGCAUCCACACAGACGAGAGGCCGUUUGCAUGUGAACACUGCCAGAGGAGCUUCAGGCUCCUGCAGCAUCUCACAAACCACCGACUAACACACAAGAAAGACACUGUGGAUCAGAGCUGUUGAAGCUGCCACUGACGGCAGGGUUGCCAGUUCAAUUCCAGGCUCUUUUUUCCUUGGGCAAGACACUGAACCCCACAUUUGUAUCUUGUAUUAGAGUGACCAGACGUUUAACUUGUGCUCGUUUUGGCCAACAGAGGGGGCUAGCUGCUAGCUAUAGCAGUUUCAGAAGUGAAGCUAAAACCAUGAAAACAGAGUUAUCCAGUUCUCUCAUUUAUUUAUCUUGUUGUCUCUACAGGCAGAGAAGAGGUCAGCUGGCUCAUUGGUGAGGAGUUCAUAACCGGGCAGUGAACAAACGGAAACAAACAUACCUAACGUAAAUUAGUUUUAAUGUUGGAAAUGAAGACGUUGUCCAACAGUUUGCAAUGGACUCCACAUGAUACUAUUAUCAAAUGACUGUGUCUUCCACUAAUAAGUGACUGAAAGCACCUGUUGGUGUUCUCCUGUUUAUCACUGCUCCAUUUCUGUUCAGAAACACAAACCAUGUUAAAUGGCUCCUCAGUAAUAUUAUGUGUGAAGCAAGUGCCUUUGAUUUACAUAUUAUUGCCAAUUAGUGUGUGAAUUUAAUUAAUGUGACGAUAUUUAAAAAGUCUAACAAACGUCAAAAUGAAAUAACAAACAACAUAUUUAAUAUUACUCGAUUGUUACUAGUUUUGAGUGUAAACCGAAUAACAAAUUAAACUGGUUCUUUUUGUCAUAAAA